AUGGAUGAUUUUUUUGAAGACAACUAAACUCACGAGAUAUCAAAUGGACAAUCAGGUGGGUUUUAAGAGCAAUAGUAUACUGCUUUUGAUGCUUUUGAAAAUGGGACACCACCUUAAGGAAUAACAUUCAAUACAUACGUGAGUCCAGAAUAGUAAUUACGAAAGGAUAAAUUGAGACUUAUAGAAGAUGAAAGAUUAGCUUAAAUAAGAGAGAAAGAUUAAUAAGAAAGUUUAUUGAAAUAAUAACAAAAAUAAAAAGCUUAGGAGUACUUGUAGGUGUUUAAAAAGUAAUAAGAAGCAGAUAUCGCAUAAAAAAGAAGUCAAAAUAAGUAGAAACAAGAAAUCUGGCUUGAGAAUCUUAAAAAUCAUUACCAAAAUAAAAAUUCUUGGGAAUAGAUAGCAUCAAAUAUUGCUUUAAGAGAUGGGGAAUAUCCAGGAUAAAAAGAUGUAACUCAGAUGAGAUAAGCAAUCCUUAAUAAAAGAAGCGAUCUGACUAAGUGAUUGCCAAUAAUUAUUAUAUUAGCAUUUAAUUCAAAGUUAUAUG